AUGUCGUCCUUUUUCACAGCACCCGCUGGGGAAAAGAAGAGGAAGCGUGCCUCUGCCAACGAAGCCCCGCAGAAGCGAGUUGCGACUGGCAAAUCGACUGCCAAGUCAUCCUCGGCCAGAGGCCCUGCCGCCAAAUCACGCCCCGCCGCCCCCAAGAAAGCCGUUGAGCGCGACGAGUCGAUAUCCGGCAGCGACAUUGACAGUGACGAUGGCGACCAUAUUGAGAGAGAGGACGGAUCGGAAGGAGAAGAGGAGUCGGACCACGAAGGAGAGACGGCGGCCGAGAAGCGGUUAAGAUUGGCACAGCGGUAUCUGGACAAGGCACGACAAGAGGUGGAACUGGAGGACGAGUAUGCCUUUGACGCCGAGCAGAUUGACCGUGAUUUGCUGGCGGAGCGUCUUCAGGAGGACGUGGCUGAGGCCAAGGGCAAGGUUUACCGCCAGUUGGCUUCCAAGCUCGACUUUGACAAGGCCGCACACACACAGUUUAGAUGGAAUUCAGGAACGGUAACAUCAGUCUCGGUUUGCGCGCCGUACGCUUACACCACCACAAAAGACGGCUACCUUACCAAGUGGAAGCUACAAGACCUACCCAAGAACCAGUGGCCACAGACGACCAAGAAAAAGCCAAAGAAGCCGCCUGCGCCGCCCAAGAAGAAACCCGAGAGAGUGUGCUUCAACAGAGCGAACCCGACCAAGGCAAAGGACAAGACAUACCAGGGACACACCAACGCGGCCAUCCUGACGGUCAGGGCCUCUGCCGACGGCAAGUUUGUCGUCACCGGCGGCGCCGACAAGCGAAUGGUCGUCCACGACGCCGAGACCCUCAAGCCCCUCCGGGCCUUCACCCAGCACCGCGACGCCGUUACCUCGCUCGCCUUCCGCCGCGGCACUAACCAAAUAUUUUCUGCCUCCAAGGACCGGACAGUGAAAGUCUGGUCGCUCGACGAGCUCGCCUACGUUGAAACACUCUUCGGCCACCAGGAUGAGAUCCCCGACAUCGACGCUCUGGCCGGCGAGCGCUGCGUGUCCGUUGGCGCGCGCGACCGGACCGCCCGCUACUGGAAGGUACCCGAGGAGUCGCAGCUCGUGUUCCGCGGCGGCGUGUCGGAGAAGAAAUCCCAUAAGAACCGGGACCAGGCGGUGAACCACGAUGGCACCAUGGACCAGGUGGCCAUGAUCGACGACGAGCUCUUUGUGACUGGCGACUCGGCCGGCACGCUCUCGCUGUGGGGCAUCAACCGCAAGAAGGCCCUGUUCACGCAGCCGUGCGCGCACGGCAUCGACCCGCCGCUCAAGCCGACCGAGGUGUCUGCCGACGCGAAUCCGGACGAGAGCGUCGUGCCCACCCCGCAGCCCCGCGCCAUCACCGCCCUCCGCACUAUCCCGUACUCGGACGUCAUCCUCUCGGGCUCCUGGGACGGCUUCGUGCGCGUGUGGCGCCUGAGCGAGGACAAGAAGAAGAUCCUGCCCGUUGGCGUGCUCGGUUCCAGCACGGCGCUGCAGCAGCUUGACCAGGCCGAGGCCCAGAAGCAGAAGGAGGAAGCGAAGCAAAAGGCAAAGGAGGAGAAGGAACCUGCAACCGCAAGCAGUGGGGAGGAGCAAGCGGAUGACGAGGCCUCGGUGGAUGGGUCGCAAGACAAGAAGAAGAAGCAAGAGAGCGGGCUGAUUAGGGGUAUUAUCAAUGACAUUGCCAUCUUCGAGCGCGGCAACCGUGGUCGCGACGGCAUCUGCAUCGUGGUGGCUACGGGCAAGGAGAUGAGGUUGGGAAGGUGGAAGUACAUGAAGGAAGGAAGAAACGGCGCUACUAUUUUCGAGGUGCCCAAGGUUGCUAGGCGAGCGGGGGCUAAGGGGGAGGAGAGCGAGGAGGAAGAAGAGGAGGAAUAGAGGAAGAAGAUGGGAACCAUACGUACGUCUGCCUUGUCUUGUCUAGCUCGUUUGACGGAGUGAGACAUGAGAAGUACGCGGAAAAUGAACAAGAAGAGAGCCAAAUAAUCAUCGCCUGUUGAAUUUGUUACAAAGUGCUUUGGACAUUAUAUCGCAUUCGCGACAGCCAAGCUGUUCAUAGACAAAGGAGAAAGAGAAAGUAGAAAGAGCAUGUAUUGUACAUAC